AAGCUAGUCACUUUGAACCGCUACCACUGUAUUUGAAAAUAUUUAUAAUUUGUUUUCAAACACCAAAACAUGACACUAAUUGGCAUUUCUUACUUAGAAACACUAAGUAGGUGGAUAAUAGCUAUUGGUGAGCCACACAGACUGGGCGGUACCUGUGGUGAGGUACCUAUUAGACAUAAUGACUGGAGCUUCAGUAAACACAGGAUGAUACUACAGACCAGAAGAACCCUGGGCCAGGAAGUGAAGUGAUCUGACUUUUUAAACAAAACAUCCAGGAUGCAGCCAAGACUCAAAAUGAUAAGGAUUCCGUGGAAAUGGAAAAAAGGAGCUACAACUUUCUUGGUGGUGGGACUUUUUGGCCUGUUGGCCUUUGAACUUCGUAAAAGUUUAUUACAGCAUGAAACAGAUUACCUUCAUGUAAAUUUAAUAGAGGACAUCAGAAAAGUAAGACAGUCCUUCAAAAAUAACUCCUAUGUGUUCACCUGGCCAAGAUGUGAACAGAAUACUUCAGCUGCAAAAAUCACAAACUUCAGCUCAUUUCCUGGUCCCAUGAAAGACUUUCUCUACUACAGACACUGUCGCCAUUUCCCCAUGUUUCUGGAUGUUCCUGACAAAUGUGGAGGAGCUUCUCAGUCUGCAGAAGUCUUCCUUCUACUGGUCAUCAAGAGUUCCCCUGUGAACUACGACCGCAGAGAGGUGCUGCGUAAAACCUGGGCUGAGGAGAGAGAACAGAACGGUGUGUGGAUCCGAAGGCUGUUUAUCUCAGGAACCAUGGAUUCUGGUAAAGAGAAGGAACGACUGAACAAACUGCUGGAACUGGAGCAUCGUGAGCACAAUGACAUCCUCCAGUGGGACUUUAGUGACACUUUCUACAACCUGACCUUGAAGCAGAUCCUCUUCCUGGAAUGGAUGGAAAGAAACUGUCCAAAGGCACGUUUCCUGUUAAAUGGUGAUGAUGACGUCUUUGCCAACACAGACAACAUGGUCCAGUAUCUUCAAGCCCUUGAAGACAAUGAUGGGAGCAAACAUCUGUUUACUGGCCAGCUAAAUGUGGGGAUGGUCCCUGUUAGAUCAUGGAGCAAGUAUUUUGUCCCAGUUCAGGUGCAUGAGGCAGAUAAGUUCCUCCCUUACUGUAGUGGUGGAGGCUUUCUCCUGUCUGGCUACACAGCGAUGGUCAUAUACAAUAUAUCCCAGUCCAUCACCCUUUUUCCCAUCGAUGAUGCUUACAUGGGCAUGUGUCUGAGUAAAGCAGGGCUGGAACCCAGUAACCAUGUGGGUGUGAGGGCUGCAGGACUCCCCAACAACAUGGACAGACAUGAUCCUUGCGUUCAUAAGGGGCUUUUACUGGUUCACAAAUUCCCUCCAUCUCACUUGUAUCUUCUGUGGAACAGUAUACAUGACCCCAAGCUGAAAUGUUGAAAUGUCAACA